AUGAAGUCUGCGACUUCUUUUGCCGUUUUCACUGCUUUUGCCGUCAGCUCCAUCGAAGCCUUACUACCACCUAGCGUGGGCGUCUGUUACGUACCGUGGCGCCUUCAAAGUAUCACCUGGGAGACAUUGCAGGCCGACAUGAGCCAAAUAUCCAAGUACUUUAAACACAUUCGGACGUUUGAGUUAUCUUUCGGAGACUACAACGCUAUCGAUGUGGCGGCUGCAGCUAACCUCUAUAUCGAUCCAACUGUGCAGCUAGGCAAUCCGGCCAAGAUCGAUUCGGAAAUCAACGCGUUUUGCGAGGGCUAUAAACGUAAUCGUUGGGCUGUCAAAACUGUCUACGUUGGGAAUGAGAACCUUAGAAACGGUGGCUUUGGUCAGUACACAGUUAAUGAGUUGUUAGGCUACAUUCAGCGUGUCAGAAACUGCGUGGACCCGAGUCAAACAUCUGUUGGAACCGUGCAGCGUAUUACCGAAUGGGUAACUGCCCCUGAUGCAAUGAUUUUGGCAAGCAAUUGCGACGUUAUCGGUGUCAAUAUUUACCCGUUCUUUACGAUUAGCCAGGAGACGUCGAUACAGAAGCUGCAGUCUCAGUGGAAUUCGAUGAUCUACCAUGUAUGA